AGUGAGGAAAGGGUUCUGAGAGCCUUGGAAGUGAUAUUCGUGAUCACCGCGAAAUUCUCUAUCGAAUGGUGUAUGAAGUGUCGAAAAAUAAAUUUCACUGCAAGGCUGCCCUGGGUGCAUCUUAUCUUCAAUCUAAGUUUCAGUGACAUAAUUAAAAAAUGGUGUAAUUCCAUUAGUGUAUUUAUACAUUUUUUUAUCAUAAACUACAACUGUUUUCUGUACACUAUUAAUUUUGACAAAGAAAACCGUUGCUCAAUUGAUUUUUUUCACUAAAUUUUAUAAACUUUUUUUGAAACAUAAAAUUGUAGUAUACAUUUUUUGUUGUUCCGUUAUAUCAACACCAUGUUUUACAAGGGAUCUACAAAGUUGUCGACGAAAUAACAUUUUGAUUUAUGUUGUGAAUACCCUAUGUGGAUGUAUCAUUCGAAGCACUAGACCAUAAUUAAGUUUAUAGAAUGUGCGCCAAUAAUGAUGAGAUUAAAAUAUAUCUUACGUACUACUAAGGAUUCAUAUCUCAUCUAUAUCUCUAAUUUAUUUAGAACCAAAAGAAAAUUUAUAUUAUUAAGCAUAGAUUGACCACUUUAAACUAGUAUUUUCAUUGAUUUCUUUAAAUAAGAAUGUUAUUCGAAUUAAUUGCUCAUAUUACUCAUUUUUGCUAAUUGCUUAAUUGCUCAUAUCACACUCGAACAUAUUAUUUGAAUAAUAUAGUAAAUAUAGUAAUAAUAGUCUGAUUUUGUUACAUUGGAUAAAAUCAGAAAGGACAAUAGUUUAGCCAUUUGAAAUGCUUUAACAGUUGUUAAACUGAGUAAUCAUGUAUGAAUGAAAUAAUAUUUUUAUUUAUUUAAAAGAAAAUGUUUUACAAAACGAGAAUCAAAAACAAAUUAUAAUUGAUGAUAGAUUUUUCGUCAAACAUCUUGAAUAUUCUCAAACCAGUAACUAAUAUUGUACAGAAUAUCCAGUUUCUUUUUUCGUUAUCAUUCUCUUUUAGAAAUACUCAAUUAUUGUAGUCCUGUUGAGAAGAGAAUGGGUGAUUGAGCGUCUGAUUUAUUAGUACGAACAACGUACACAUUAUGAGGUGAAGUGGGAAAAAGAAAUAUCUUUAACCAGAUGUUUUGAGAAUGACAUACUCUGCUUUUUUUUUUUCAACUCAGCCUAUAUGUGGAUAUAAAGAGAUAACUCUAUAUUUUAAGCAUGAAUAAUAUAUUUUUUUUCUCUUUCUUAUAUCUUCUAUCCGCUGGAUAAAGAUGAUGUUGAUGAGCACCUUAACGGUCACAAUAUUGAAGAAGGAAUAAGGCGUAAAAAAUAUGCUUUUCUUCUUGUAAAGUUCAUACCUCUUUGUGGCAUUAUUUGCAUUAUUUAUGUAAUCUCUCUUAAGAUAUAUUUGGAUAGUGAUUUGUGAAACAUGUCCGAAAAAAGAAGAUUGAUCGAAUUUAAAAGAGUAAAUCAUGUAAGUAAAAAAGAAAAGUAUGUAUUUGGUGAUUAUAUCUUUCGAUUUUGUGUUCGUAUUUCUCUUAUAUAAAGUGAACAAACGGUUUACUUUUUAUCCAAAUUCUUGUUUUUAAGCUUGUUUAUAUUCGGAGACUGUAACGUAUGUUGUGAUAUCACUAAAUCUUUAAAAUAAAACAGAUUUAAUCCAUAAAGAAAAACUAAGUGCGUUUGUCGCAGUAAACUUCGUCUGAACAAUGGACUCAAUGAUUCUACUUCGAAUAACUCUAUAUAAUCCGAAAGGGGACAUCUUUGCUGAUAUGCACGUAUUAUUUCAUUAGUAAUUUAAUGAUAAGAAUAUUUGACAUGAUUACAUCAAAAAAUUGCAGGCAAUAUUUAUUUUGUGUGAAAAAAGAAAACAAAGUGGUGCCAUGAUAAAUAUCCGAUAUAAUUAUUUUUUUUCUACGCUUCGUUGAAACGGAUACACAUGUUGAUGAACACUUCCUUCCUAUGAGUGAAGUGUGUCUAGAAGAAAGUUAUUCACCUUGGAUUUAGGCAAUAUCAGCAGUCUUAAUUAGUAAACUAUUUUUCAACAACAAGAUUCUUUGCUAUUAUGACAGGUGCAUUCAAGUCUAUCUGGUGUAUUGAUAAAGAGAGAAGGCAAAAAACAGAAAACAGAAUUUAUGAAUUGUAGAAAAUCAACAUCGAGAAUUGUAUAGAAAUACUUUAUAUAGACUAAUCAUUUUCGUCUGUGAAUUAUAUCGUCAAAAAAAAAAAAUCAUAAAUCUUCCGAAAUAGUUAACAUAGUUCUGCUGUACGUCAUAGAAAACAGUAUCUUUAGACUAAAUUUAGUAGAACAAAUCUUCCUUUCCCUCAUAUAGAUUAUCAAACUUCAGUUUUAACAAGUACAUGGUCAUAAAUAGAGAUAGCACGUGAGAAAAUGUCUACUAUGUAUGCUUGUAAUUUCAUGAAUGAAAAUGACAUCUAUCACUCAAUACUUAGACUAGAGAGGAGGUAACAUUUUCUGCACUAAAAUAACAUUCCUUCAUAAGAUAGUUUCAUUCAAAUUUUGAAUGAAAAUUAACUAUUUCGAUUGACUCUGAUUUAUGUUAAAAAAACAAAGAGAAAGCAAAUAUAAUUAUAUUAUCAUAUUCUAUAUUUUAUCACAAAAACAUAAAAAAUAUGAUUUGGCUAAUCCUGCCACAUCAAGUGUCCAUAACUGUCUAUAAUAAAUUAUUAGUUUUUGAUAUUUUUCCGACUUGUCAUACUGAAUUUUUGUUUUUCUCCUUGUUAAAUGAUAGUUAUUAUUUGAAUACCUGACCGUAUAUUACUCUAUCAAUUAUCGAUUGUCAGAUUACUGACAAAUCUGAUAUUGUCGCUAAUAUAUUUACUUCAAACAAAAAACAUAUAUAUAUCAUAUUGAUAUAUGAAUAUUGUUUUUCUUUUCCUUUAACAAGCAUGAAAAUUAUAUUUGCACAUUAUUUUUCGAUUAUACGAAAAAUCUCCGUGUUUUCUAAUGUCGACUCUUUUUUUUUUUGUUUUGUUUUUUAGAGUAGAAAAUAAACAUCUGUUGUUGUUUUUUCUUCUAAAAUCUGUAUAGAAAAGAACAAAUGAUAGGUAUAAGGUGUGUAUGUAACAGUCUUUUUUUUUUAACUUACUCUUUAGAAUUUUUUCAUUUCUUUUUUCCUUAUCAAAUGUUUCGACACAAUUUCACUUUUUUUUUUUUUUUUUUAAUCAAAAAAAGCAUAAUAGAUAAGAAACGAAAACACAUUCUAUAAUGUCACUAUAUGACUGUUUUGCUUCUAUUACAGAGAAGUUCAGUACUGUUUUAUAACUCAGAAAAAAAAAAACCGUAACAUAUUUAUUGUUCUGUACAUAACAUUAUUCUUAGCGUUCUAUCAUUAAUCAUAUCACUUCUCUAUCAACGCACACACGUAUUGAAAUUACAAAAUUAUGAAAAUAGAAAGCAACAUUAAUUCGUUUAAAAAGAAAAACAAUACUCAUAAAUCAAUCAAUAAGUCAACUUUCUCUUUUCUGUCUUGAUUUAACACGUUCUAUCAUUUUUUCUUCUUCUUCUUCUUCUUCUAUACACUCAAAUACCUUAGAUUUAUUUUUUUUUUUUCGAUUUUUUUUUCUUUUACGAAAAUAAAAUAAAAUAUACAGCAGAAUACACAUAGUCUCUACAAGAAGAAGAAGGGAUUAAACAAGAAAAUAUGUGUCCACAUGGCGUUACAGUGGCUCAUGGACAAAAAUAAUAAUAUGACUAUAAGCGGCGUUAGUAAAUAGUAUAACUGAAAUGUAAUGCGAAUUUUUUUUAAAGAAAAAUAUUUUUAUCUUGAUUCUACCUGGUAAGAGGUCAUUUUUGAUAUUAUCAUUAUACGCUUGAGUGACAGAAUAUGCGAUCUUAAUCAUAUUAAGUGAUUUGUUCAAAACAAAAGACGUUGAUGAGAGAUACGUACAGAUAAACAUAUUUCGAUUAUCCAAACACAUGGUUGAAGAACUGAAAACCUACAUAUAUAUGUACAUUGUUAUAUUUCUUUAUUCUCUUAGCCGAUUUUUUACAGGUACACACGGAAAAAAAAAGCUUUUCUACAUAAAAGAAAAAUCUUUCAAUUUCUUUUCUAGUUAGUACUCUCUUGAACAUACGAUGAUAACUUCUCGUAUCAUUUUUUUUUGCCUCAUUUUGUUUCUCUUCUUCUCUUUUUGUACAUAUAAAGCUUUGAUGGAAUUAAUUUUAGUGUAAAACUGAAAAAUACACUCAUUUAAAAUAUCUUCUAAAUAUUUGAUUUUUAUAAUGAAUUUUUUACUUUAUCAGAAUUUAAGGUUUUCAUCAAUUAUGCUUAGAAACAAUGUUCUUCUCUGAAUCUGAUAAGUAAAUUUCACAAGUGAUGUAAUUCUAGAAAAAAUAUGUUUGUAUGGCUUCAUUAGUAUUCUAAAUAGGCUCAAGUUUUUCAGUUAUUAUCGUUUUGUGCGCUACGGGAAGUUGAUUGUACAUUUAUAUAUAAAAAUUGCUGUUCUACUACUAUAAUAAUAGGCGACUGUCGUAUGAUCUCUUAUCUACUGUGUGUGCAUGUAUGAUGACCUAAAAACCACAUGUCUCAUUUAUGAUCAUGUUCUCUAAACUUUGUCCAUGAAUAUGACAGCUCUUUUUUUAUUUAAUAUGUCUAUCGGUCGCAUCAGAAUUAGUUUCAUUAAGAUAUAAUUUGUAUAAUAAAUAUAUCAAAAGCAAGGUUAAGUAAUAAAAACAGAAUAAAUGUCAAUUGUGUUGAACAAAUUUUCUUUUUCAAUCUUCUAAUAUCCUUGUUUAUCAAUAACAUUUUUUUGUUUUUCAAUUUAGCUAAGUCAAGAAACGUCAUCUUCUAUCACACAAUCAAUGGAUAAUAAAUUUUUUCGUCAAGUUCCAAAUCGAUUUAUUUCUCAAGAUCAAGCUGAUGCAUGUAAAGUUGAAAAAUUAACAAAUCUAUUCCCUGAAAUGAAAUCAACAAUUGAAUUAGAAAUAUUUAAAAUAAACAAUUUAUCGAGUACAAUCGAACGUUUAUCUCGUAUUUAUCCUGUAUCAACAGCAAUCGAUAUUCGAGACGAUACAUUACAUGUGCUUGUUGGACCCUAUAGUAUUCGUCUGGCACCAGCAUUGUUCGCUGCAUUUCAUCUUAAACAAGUAUCUCAGACAAUUAUGCAAACAACACCGAAAAGAAGAGAACUAACAACAACAGCAGCAGCAACAGAAACAACAACAACAACAGCAGCAGCAACAGAAGCAACAACAACAAAUUCAACAGUGUCAGUCGGAGGGAAACUGCGUUCACAACGUCGACAGCGUGAAGUAGCACUUCGACGUUUUCGUCGUGCUGUUCGAAAAAUUGGACUUGUAAAACAAAUUAUUGAUCGUUUACAAACACCGAGUAUUUUGACACCUAUUAAUCAAUAUGAAUUACAUAAUCAUGGUAUAUACGAAUUAGUUCUAAGACGACAAUCAUCAUCAACAGAUGAUUCUCAGAAGCUAUUCGAACAGAUGAAAGAUUACAAAGAACCAGAUGAACAAAAUCCAUUUUUAGCAUCUAAUUUUAUUAAAAUUACUUCGCUUUUAAAUUUACUUGGUUCAUCUACCACACAACAACCACAACCACAACCACAACUACAACAGCCACAACUACAACAGCCACAAGAAGAGAAAGCAGAAAAAAUCAAUUUUAUUAAGUCUAAUACGACAGUACCACUAGUGAUAGAAAAAGAUUUAAACGAAAACGAGAGAUCUACACCUUAUGAAAUUAAUUCGAAUGAACUAACUGAAAACUUAUUAGACUUAUCCAGUAACGAUUCUACAAAUCAUUCUUCUGUAAUAAAUCACUUGUUAGCUCCAGUGUCGUCUUCCUCAACACCACCUUUGUCAACUAUCACCACCACCCUGUCAACAAGUCGAGAGAGUUUUGGUGCAUCAAAAGCACAAGCUAUAUUAAGUGAACAGAGCAGAACAAACAGUACGGACAAUUCGUAUAACGAUACACCUUUAUCGACAAGUUUUAACAACAAUACAACAACACUUCUUACAUCAAUCGAACCUAUUACUCGAUUUGAACAACCACUCGAUCAACAUUCAUCAUUAAUUCCGACUGAUGAAGAUAGUCUAAUUAAUAAUAUAUCCAAUAUACUUACAAAUCAUUUAAUGUUUAAAAAAAAUUAUGAUACAAUUAAUGAUUCAUCAAUUACAGAUUCGGGUAUAUCUUUAAAUACAAAUAGUGGUCGAGAAAAAACUACUUAUGAUUUUGGUCGAAUAAUACAACGAAUUAAAAUGACUGUUGAACAAAAAUUAUUUGAAAAUGAUGUUGAUCAACAAUUAAAAUCGACAAACGAUAAUUCACCAUCUUCGAUACCACUUGUAAAUGAUAAUAGUCAUUCAAUAUCGAAACAUAAUGGAAUAGUAAAUAGACGACAACAAUUACUUGCAUUACAUGCCGUUUCAUGUCAUGAAACACAUUCAGAUGAUUACUAUGAUAUUAUAGAGAAUAAUGUGGAUAAAAAUAAUAAUAAUACCAAUACCGAAAAUAAAGAAAAAUUAUUAAUAAAACAUCAAAAUUGGAGUUUAAAAUCCCAUUCAUUUGAUAUGACCAAUUCAAGUGAUUCUGAAUUAAAUGAUGCAACAUCAUGCGAUGCUGAAAAAAUCCACAUGACUUCUCAAUUUAUAAGUAAAGGUGUACAAACCGAUCCUCGUAUUAAAAAUUCAUCUCGAUCACGAUUUCUUGACAAAAUUCGUUUAUAUAUUGAUUCAUGUAUUCGUCAUCGAGAAGAGCUAUUUAAUCAGUAUAAUAUUUCAAAUUCAUAUUAUGAACAACAUUAUACAAACAUGCACGAAAUUCAACGAGUUGAAUAUCGUGAUUUAUUAAAUGUUCGAAAUGAAAUAUUAAAUCGCUUUGAUUGGGUUAUUAUUGAAAUGGAAAAUAUUAGCGAUAAUUUACGACUACAUCAGAUAACAAUUUCGGAUGCCGAACUAUUCAUUCAUCGUCCAUUAGUACAAGAAGUUAUUGAAUCAUCGUUAAUUGCAAAUGAAAAUAAAUCUAGUCAAAAUCUAGCAGUUAUAACUGCUCCAAAUGAACAAGAAUGGCAAAUGUAUAAUCGAGAUCUUCGAGAGACAAAAGAUGAUCUGGAAUAUAUUGGCACACUUGUUCAGCGAGGAAUAUCGAAGGUGUAUAACAUUUAUCAGUGUUGUUAUCGUAUUCAAAUGCACAUAAAUACGACUCAUAAUCCAAUAUAUUUGAAUAGUGACAAUGACAAUGAUACUGUUCAAACAAAAGCGCCCAUAGUGAAUAAUCCCAAUAAUAGCUUAACGUUAAUAACACCAGUUGAAUAUACUGAUGUUUAUAGUGUUCGAUCUUAUUCAAAAAGUAUUCGAUCAUAUAUGGUUGACAUACAACAAGUAGAUGAAGAACAUAAACAAGUAUUAGAAAAUUUAUGUCCAGAUAUGUGA